UGCGCUGAGAUCACUUUCGUUUUUCUUUUCUUGAAGCCUGACUCCUCGCCGUGCUUCCGGAAAAGUCAGCAGAACUUCGGGUCCAGACUGGGCUGGCAGGCUUUUCCAGGCAGGAUCCAGGAACCCCUUAACUAACCCUGGCAGUGACCUAGGAGAACCCCGGAAACCCGGUGGCAGCCAGGCAGCCAGGAUGUUCACUCUGACCAAGGCCUUGGAAAAAGCUCUUCUCCAGCAUUUCAUAUAUACGAAGCUGGACAUUGCCUAUGCCAUCAACAAGCCAUUCCCCUUCUUCGAAGCGCUCCGGGACAAUUCCUUCAUCACUGAGAAAAUGUACAAGGAAUCUCUGGAAGCCUGUCGAAAUCUGGUCCCUCUGUCCAAAGUGGUGCACAACAUUCUCACCAGUCUGGAGCAGACUUUCCACCCGUCGCUGCUGCUGACCUUGUUCAGCCAGGUCAACCUUCGGGAAUACCCCAGCCUGGUGGCAAUUUUCAGAAGCUUCAGAAAUGUUGGCUAUGCCUAUGAGGAGAGAAACAGACCCACAGUGACCCUACUUGAAGCCCCAGCUAACUCAGCAGAAGGAUGCCCCCUUCAGAGACUGAUGCCACCACCCCCACCCCAGCCAUCGCUGUCAAGUCAUCCAUCUUCUUCUGCACAGAGACUCUGUGACCCCAGAGCAACCUCACAGCCAAUCACUGAGAUCCUGGAUGAGCAGCCCAGCCCUUCUCCUCAAGUUGUGCCUCUCCCUGGCUGCAUUCGAGAAGGAAAAACCACUCCAGUGUCUUCCAGAGAUCACCAGAGAAAAGAUAAGGAAGACUCUCAAGAGAUGCCCUACAGUCCCUCAGGACCAGAGUCAGGGGUAAAAGAUGAUUCUCCAGCACCAAAUGACCUGGAAAUGGCCCAGGAGGCACCCUGCACACCUGCGACUAAGAAAGCAAGAAAAAGAAAAAGUUGCAUCUGGUCAUAUUCCAAAAGAAGACGGCAGAAAAAAAAGCCCCCACAAGAUGAGAUGAUGGGAGUGGCCUCACCUGGACAUGGAGUUCAAGAGAAGCUUAAGGUGGUGAGUCCAAGAACUCUGACGAGGGAUGACUCAACUAGAAACUUGAAGGAGGAGACCAGGACUCUGAGGGCAAGGAGGAGCUGUGCCCAGACAUCCAGUUCACAAGAGAUCAACAAAGAGGCAUCAAAAACUAGUGGUAGAAAGAGGCCUGAGAGAAGGCCCAGCAGAGCAGGAAGAACCGCACAAGUUCCAGGAACGUCCAAGGACCACUCUGUGGAUUUCCUCUCUCCUAUGCUCUCUGUGACCUGUGGUAAUGCCAAAGGGACUUUGUUCAUAGAGAAACUGAAGCAAGGAUCCUCAAAAAAGUGCAUCCAAAAUGAGGCAGGAGCUUGGUUCACUGUAAAGGAAUUUUUAAAUAAAGGAGGAAGGGCCACAUCCAAAGACUGGAAAAAGGCUAUCCGUUGUAACGGGGAGUCAUUAAGACUUCUGGAGCAGAAAGGACUUUUGUUCUGUACCUCCAAGAGUAAACCUCAAAAAAAGGGUGCCUAGCAGAUGAACUCCUGGCACAUGGUCAGCCGCCGUGUGCUUUCCCUCCCAGUAUCUGAACUUUGCCUCCGAGCCUCCGAGUGCCCCAGCUCUGAGGAUCUUCAUGUUCUCGCAAGGCAGCUUCAUCACAACUGGCCCUCACCUCGCCAUGCCUCUGUUCACAGCUGACUUGCGAUGGAAACGUGCAUGAAUCUUGGAAAGUCAAGAUAAAGCUUCGUUGUCUAUGUGCCUUAGAAAAAAUACCCUGAUAUUAAAAUGAAUAUAAACUAAA